GCAGACGGUGCAGUAUGAAUGGAAACGAGUGUCGCCGCUCGCACACGUUCGCCAAUGUUUUAAGAUGGCGGACGCGAACGAGAAGUUGCUGGCGGAACUCCUGAAAAAGCCUGGGAACAAUUUGUGCGCGGAUUGCGGGGCCAAAAAUCCAGAAUGGGCAUCUUACAAUAUAGGUAUAUUCGUUUGCACAAGGUGCGCCGGAGUGCACAGAUCUAUGGGAGCGCACAUCUCGAAGGUGAAGCACCUGAAGUUAGAUAGAUGGGAGGACUCUCAAGUGAGUAGGGUACGCGAGGUGGGCAAUGCCGCGGCGAGGUUGCACUACGAGGAACGUGUACCCUCGUGCUAUCGCAGGCCAAGCCCGGAUGACCCACAAGUUUUAGUCGAACAGUGGAUAAGAGCGAAAUACGAAAGGGAGGAAUUUUGUCAUCCCGAAAGACAGAAUCACUACGUGUCAGGUUUCAUGGAAGGGUUUUUAAUGAAACGUGGGAAGGAAGAUUCACGUUACCAUCCUCGUAAGUUCGUACUUUGCGAGGCGGAGGACACCCUCAAGUAUCACGUUAAAGAAAACAAGGAACCCAAAGCUAUUCUAAGGAUAUCAGAAUUAAAUGUGGCAUUCGCGCCAUCCAAAACUGGUAAUCAGAAUAGUCUUCAGCUGUCCUUCAUGAAGGACGGCACGACGAGACAUAUCUACGUGUAUCACGAGGAUCCGGAGGUAAUUACGAAUUGGUACCUCGCCAUUAGGUGCGCGAAACUGCACCGCCUGCAAGUGGCGUACCCGGGUGCGAAUGAGAACGAGUUACUGUCACAACUCACGAAGGAUUUCUCGCGCGAGGGCUUCCUGUGGAAAACUGGCCCGAGGCAUACAGACGCUUAUAAAAAGAGGUGGUUCACGCUGGACGGCAGAAAACUCAUGUACCAUGACGAUCCCAUGGACGCUCAUCCGAAGGGCGAAAUUUUUUUGGGGCACAGUUCCGAGGGUUUCGCAGUAAAGACGGGCGUACCGCCGGGUGCCAGAGAUCAAGGGUUCUCGUUCACUCUCGAAACGCCCGACCGAACCUACCUGCUCUCAGCGCAAGGCGACGACGACAGAUCGCAAUGGAUUAGCGUGAUUCAGAAAGUUUUAGAUAAACCGCUAACACCGCAGGACGCGACCGUAGCGGCGAGACUCGUAAGAAAGCGCACAACAAGCGGAACAAUGAAUAUAUUUUCGUCCACGAGAUAGGGCUGGAUUCCUCUUAGACGUCUUUCUUAAUUAUACACCGGUAAAUCGUACGUUCGAAUCGUUUUGUCGAAUUAAAUAUAUGACUCAGCACACAUACACACACAGACACACAAGCGCGCGCGUGCGAAAUGGCACAUGUAGCUUCGGCUUAUUUACUCAUACUUGUUGCUGUUGAGUCAUGUAUUUAUCAUGCGCACGGUUAAUGUAGUUUGCAUAGAAACAUACGCAUAAGACUGCUCGCGAAGAUGUUGAUCAACGUGGAUAAAGCUGCAAGCGCCAACCGCCUCCUCCGGUAACAUUCUUACAUUGAACGUAAAGCUUGUGUCGCUUACCAUCGAAAAAAACGAGUGUAGGCAGGCAGUAUCGUAACAAUAUUACAAGGAAUUUUUACUUAGCAAUAAUAUUGUGUGUGAUACUUGUCUCUGAUAGUGUAACGUUCGGAGCACCGAAAGAAAUUCUCUCUUCCAGAAAGUUUGGUCUAAUCUGUUACAGAACAAUUUAUUGAACAGCAAAUCCAACUCUUAGGAUAGGCAUUAUUUUAAAGAUCACUGAUGAUUUCGCAGUAUUUUCUUUUUCCUCCCUUUUUUUUAUUUACUUAGUAUCAGCUGAUUUCUUUAGACCAUUUCAUUAUAAGGCCACAAGUGACGACGAUACACAAUCUCUGUACAUAGAAAAUAAAUUCUGAGGGCCUAUAACUCUU